AUGGAAUUUCCACCGGCUUUCAGAAAUCUGAUCCAUCAGUGUAUAUCAACUACUCGGUUCUCAGUGGCUAUAAAUGGGGAGUUGUGCGGGUAUUUCAAAGGUACUAAAGGUCUUCGUCAAGGUGAUCCUCUCUCACCCUACCUUUUUGUACUUUGCAUAGAAGUGUUCUCUCAGCUCCUACGAGCUAAGUACACAGACGGCUCCAUACGCUACCACCCAAAAGCGUCCGACCCUGCAGUGUCUCACUUGGCGUUCGCAGACGACAUUAUGGUAUUUUUCGAUGGGUCUAGGUCCUCUCUUCAGAAUAUUUCAGAGGUGUUUGAUGUUUUUUCAAGAUGGUCGGGUCUGACGAUGAACAAAGAGAAAACAGAGCUUUAUGCAGGGGGUUUGAACCAGUCUGAAACCUCUGACUUGACAAGUCUGGGUUUCACUCUUGGUUCCCUUCCUAUCCGGUAUCUCGGGUUGCCGCUGAUGCAUAGGAAGCUGCGAAUAUCUGACUAUAGACCUCUACUGGACAAGGUUGCGGGUUGUUUCACCAACUGGUCGGCUAGAGCCCUUUCAUAUGCAGGGAGGAAGCAGCUUAUCUCCUCUGUUAUAUACGGAUCUAUCAAUUUUUGGGCUUCAGCUUUCAUUCUCCCAAAGAGAGCCAACUUGGGCACGGGUCUUUCUAUCAGUUUUUGGUGGGACCAAUGGACACCACUAGGCCAACUUAUCAAUCUCUUUGGGGUUAGUGGUCCGAGGGAGCUUAAUGUACCUCUCUUUGCCUCUGUGUCUGAAGCAUGCAACAUCUCGGGAUGGGCCCUUCCGGGUGCUCGUUCACCUGCCGCAGAACAGCUACAAGUCUACCUCACCACCAUCCCUCUUCCCUCCGUUGAAAGUCCGAGUGACAAUUACUUUUGGCUGGUGAAUGAUGUGUCAUUUGAUAAAUUUAUAGCCAAAUCCACUUGGGAAGACAUGAGACAGCGUGCUUCUAUUAAAUCUUGGACAAGCCAUGUCUGGUUCAAGGGUUCUGUGCCUAGACAUUCUUUCUUGAUGUGGCUUGUUCACCUUGAUAGACUUCCUACAAGAGCUAGGCUUGCUAGUUGGGGUCUUAAUACUCCUACUUCUUGCUGUCUUUGUGAUGAUUUUGUUGAAUGCAGGGAUCAUCUUUUUCUAACCUGCUCUUGGAGCCAGGAACUGUGGCGUCUUACUCUCUCCAGACUAGGUGUCACGGUAGCAGGAUUCUAUACUUGGACAGCCUUCUCAGUUUGGCUGGAUAUCAAAGAUGCAACUACCACAAGGUAUCUCAAACGCCUUGUGGUCCUUGCAACAAUCUACUGCAUCUGGUUUGAAAGAAAUAAAAGGCUUCAUGACAACAUUUCCACUUCUCCUCGAACGAUCUUCAAGCAAUUGGAUCGCUUUAUCAGGGAUGCCAUUCUGUCAAAGAGAAAUCGAAGGCAAUAUGGUACUCUGAUGCAGGAGUGGCUUCGCUAUGACUGA